UACGCGCAUGAUUUAUCAUGGUGGUUCGAUUAUUCGCCUGAUUCCUGCCAUAUUUUGACAGAGCAAGGAGGAUAAUGGAUCUUGUUGUAAACUUCCUGGACGAUGCUUUCUUGACCGACUACGUCUAUCCUUCCUCACUCCCUGAAGAUAAUCCCAUACGGCAAGCAAUCACCCUAAUGGGCAUGUUCACCAUUGGCGGGAUGUUCAUGUACCUCUCUGUCGCCUGCCUCAGUUAUUUCUUUCUCUUUGAUCACAAGCUGAAACAGCAUCCUCUCUUCCUCAAGGAUCAAGUCAAGCUGGAGAUAAAGUACGCCUGUAACUCGAUCCCUUUCAUGUCCCUCCUGUCUGUUCCCAUAAUGCUAGCUGAAGUCAGAGGGUACAGUAAGCUCUACAUGGGGAUUGAGGGAUUGAAUGGAUGGGCAUUCAUUGGAUUGACCGUAAUAGCAUUCCUCAUGUUCACAGACUGUCUCAUAUACUGGAUACACAGAAUGCUCCAUUACCCGGUGAUCUAUAGAACCAUUCACAAAGGCCAUCACAAGUGGAAAGUCCCAACUCCGUUUGCAAGCCACGCUUUCCAUCCAAUUGAUGGCUGGGUACAGAGUCUCCCUUAUCACAUAUACCCAUUCUUCUUUCCGCUCCACAAGGUCCUCUACCUUGUGUUGUUUGUCUUUGUCAACAUUUGGACCAUUUCCAUACACGAUGCUAACUACAGGGUACCAGCACUCUUGAAACCUUUUAUUAAUGGCUCGGCCCACCACACCGAUCAUCAUUUAUUCUAUUUGUACAAUUAUGGGCAGUUUUUCACUCUCUGGGAUAGGAUCGGAGGCUCGUUCCGAUAUCCGUCAGCAUUUGAAGGUAAUAGCAUACUGAAAGAUGUUGCAAAUAAAGUAACUGAAAACUCUUGCAAGAAGCUAAACUAAUGUAUAUCUAUAUGUGUUGUAUUUUUCCUAAAAGUAGUUGAAUUUUUAUUUAAAAUUAA